CGCGCCUGCGCCCCGCAACCAAGACCGGGCAUACCAAAAGUCUGAGAGGAGGCUUGUUGGAAACUACCCCUCACUGAGCCGUUCUUAUGGCAACCGAGCCGGAGCGAUAAACACUCUCCCGCGCGAGCGGACAAGGGCAGGAAGCGGAGAGCGGACUCGCCGGGCGCCUCACCUGUAGCCACAGCUGAGAAGACUCACCUGGGUUGCCUGGCGCCCUUGGGAGCCGCUGCUAUAACCACGCCAUGGGGUGCUCGAGCAGCGCUCAGACCAAAGUCAAGGAGUUCGGCCGACAAACUCCCAAAUCCCCGGAGACCAACGGAUUGUCCCAGUGCGAUGACAGCUUGCCUAUCACAGAUAAAAAUGACACAGAAUCUGACCAGACUAAACUUGAACCCCUAGAGGAGGAGAAGCUUGGAUCUUCUUGGAAAAAAACAGAUGAGGAUCUCUGUAAAGAGGAGCCUGAUGCUUUGAUUCAGGAAAUAACAAAAUGUGACCUUUCUACCUGUCACAGAGUAGAUCCUGAGGGUACAGAGCCUCAGCUAACAGCACCAGAAGAAAAGUUUGACAGAAGUCAGUGCUUAUCUUUAGACUUCCUUGAAGCUGCUGGGUCUCAGGCUGUGAAGUCAACAGAGUUGGCUAGCAAUCCUCAAGUUGCCACAGAAGCUGCUGGUUCUUCACAUUUAGAAUCUCUCCAGGAUAAGAAGCCUGAACCUACUGAAACCUCAGAAGGGGGCACACCUGAGCCUUCAACAGAGGAAAUCCGAUGUUUUGUAAGAGAAAUUGUGACAGAACUGCUUGUGGAUGAAGAGGAACAACUAACAGAGGUUACUGUCCCAGGUGAGGCAGGAGAAAAGGUGGAAACUGAGACGCACCAUGAGGUAAUACCUGGGGCCUCGGAAACAAAAGAAGAAACCAGAGAAGCUACACUGGUCACGGAGAUAAAACAAGCUAAUGAAGAAUGACCCAGGGUUUCUGGCUGGACUUCAUGGCUAAACUUUAUGGCUUCUGGCUGGACCUUAUCCUUGUUCGCUCAGUUAAAAUGUAUAUUCCUGUUUGACAAAAAUCUAGUUGUUAUAAAAGCUUGUAUAAACUUAUCACAACUACUGAAUACUAAGUGAAAACCAUUUUAAGAAAUUUUAAUGGAAAAAUCAAGUUGCCAAGGCACCACUGAGGAACUGCAUUGUUAAACCAUCACACCUGCCAGAAAGUGCCUCCUGCUAUUGUUUCAAUGGAACUACAAAUUGCAGAACACUCUUACUUGCUUUAGGUAGAAAAUAAAUAUGAAGGAUAAUAUAGCACAAAUAAUAUAAAUUGUAAAUGUGAUUAUAGAUAAACUUAGAUCUAAGAAUGUAUAUGGUCUAUACUAGGGUGAAAAUAACUAAAUUCCAGUGGAGUUUUUGCAGCCAUGGAUUAUUUAAUUGCAUUAAAUUUCUUAGGUGAAGUUUCUUGUAAACAUGUAAUUCUUAUCUGGAAAGGGACAGGAUGAGCUUUAUAGCAUCGAUCUUAUUUCUCUAAUAUGGUAUAGGACAGAAAAUACAAAUUUCAUUUCCUGAAACUAAUGAAAAUAGUGAUUGUGGUCCUCAAAAUACUUAGAUGAGCACUAGUAUGAAUUGUUGACAUUUAAAAAUUAGAGAUAGCCUUCUAAAAAAACAAUUAUAUUGCAAAUGUCAGGUUAAAAAUGACAUAAAUGAUUGAUUACAGUAUUCUUUAAACUAUGCAACCAAUAAAGUGAGCAGAGCUGUGCUUCACUCAUUUUCAGAAACACAUUUGUUCUUUGCUGCUAUUUGUGCGAUAUGGCUGGUCUCAUGCCUUCUCAAAUGUCUCUAAAAUGUAACCUUAAACUUUGAAAUAAAUAAUAUAUUUGUGGAAUAUGGUAAUGUUGUCCAGAUAUGGGAAUCUAUUGGGUAAAUGUUUAUGGGUAUUGUAGAAAAAGUAUUAACUACAUUCUUGGUACAUUCAGGAAAGCAGAAAGGUUUUGUAGCUGAUAAGAUUUUAGAAUCAUGCAACUUGUGAAAUGAAGGCAUUUUAUAGGAUAUACAGUCCAGUUCUUACUCAGUGUAGGAAUCCAGUGAAUUAUUGAUGUCCAUCACCCCCAUUUGAAAACUUCCUGUUGGA